AUGUGUUGCCCUUUCCAAAUCAAAACAGAUUCACUCUAUUGGUUACCCAAUCUUUUUAAUAAAGUACAUGGACCCCAGGAUUUUGAAUUUCAUUCCUAUUCAAACAACAAAGAAUUAUUUGCUUUUAUUAUUAAAAAGUUGAAAUUACACGCCGAAAAAGAGUGGAAUUGGAACUCUUUCGAUUUUAAAAAUUUGUCAAUUCCUUUAAUUCAUUGGGUAAGUGCUUAUCUUUGUGAUAUUGGGAAAGAGACAGAUUGUGGUAAAAUACACAAAGAUAAGGGGAAAAUAAUUUUGGAUCAUUUAAAAAAUAAAAAAUUGGAAAGAGGGGAAAUUGAAGAAGAUAAAAUUUUGAAAGACUCGAUAAAUUCUUCAAAGAAUUCGCAAAGUUGGGAAGAAAAAUUUGAUAAAAAUGUUGGAAAUAUUGUUUAUUUGGCUAUUAUUGAAUUUAAUGAGAAUAUUAUUGCAAAUAAUGUUAAGGAAGCUGUGAUGGAGGCAAUGAAGGAUUCUGAAAAGAAAGGUUCUGAUCCGAUAAUGAUUCCAAAAUAA